CGGGUAACCUGAUGACUGAAAAUAACCUACUAGCCGAGUAGCGAACCUUUUCUCUCCAACACAACAAGUAGCUAAUUUCACAACCGUAUUGAUUUUCCACGCUACGCCUACGUAACGUCAUCGCGAGUUAUAUCCGUUUUUUGAGUUUCCCGUUUCCAGUUUCCAGCUAGUUGGAGUCCUGGGCCAAGAGCACAAACAAAUGCAGCGCAUCAUAUGGAAGGAUUUUAGCAAAUCAAAAAGUAUUCGGGUGAUAUAAAUAAUAUUCCAACAUCCAGUGAUAAGAUGUGAUUUAAUCGUUAAUAUAUUUCUGUGAAUGUUUACUUUGAAGAUCCAUGAUUGAUGUGAUGGAAGACAGCGGCAUUGAUAGCGGAGAUCAUAAUGCAGAUUCCGGAAAACCAAAUGGAAGUGACAGUUCGAGUGCAAGUAGCAGCAAAUCAAUACCGCGUUUAUCAUCGUCUGCCUCUCGCCAGCUUCAAAGAAAACUUGAGGCUAGGAUAGAACACGCCAAACGGCUGCAUCAAGAUUAUACUACUACAGCUCCUGGUUUAAUUCCUAUACAAAGGCUUCCAAUUCCCGGUGCCAAAGAUCAACAACCUCUCGUUCAGUGGGACACAGAUGAAAGCGAAGAGGACAUAGCAAAUUUCUUUCCUCAAGCGAGAAAAGAAUCAAAAGUUCACCACGAAUUGACUGAUACUUUUAGCAUAGAAGAAAUGAGCAUAUCAGGGGACGACGAAGAAGAAGACUUACAUUUAGUGCCACCUACAACUAUAUACAAGACUUUUAAGUGUUGUUCGUUUUCUACUUGUAACAUUUUGUAAAUCCGUUAAUGCAGUCAAGUUUUACUGAAUUUCAAUUUAACUGAUUUUUAUGAAAAUUAUUAAAAUUUAAGUAUACUCGGUGUUCCUGAAAUAGUGCAUUCCUUUCUUAUGGAUACAGUUUGACAUUUUAGAGCAAAACAAUCUUGAGAUAUAUGAACAAUAAACAAUAGUUUCCAUAAAUAAAAUAUGGUUUUUAAUGUAUUUGUUACUUUCAAUAACAAUAAUCUCAUAAAAUUGAAUUAACUUUAAAAUUAACAUAAAUAUAGUUUGGCGAAUGGACAGUUUCACUAAUCAUAAAAAUAUAUAAAAAAAGUGAAAUCCGGAGAAAAUUAUAACAGUUGGCAAAACCUCAGAAAGAUUGUUGAUUAAAUUAAUAUGAAAAUUCGAAAAAAAAAAAACUUAGUCUUAUUGCAUGUACUAAUGAUCAUAUUCAAGGCCACAAUUAUUUUUACUUAGAUUCAUAAUGCUGUAUAUAACUGGACAAAUUUAUUAAAUAAAUAAUUAUGGAUUACAUGGGUACAUUCGGGUUCAUAUUUAAAAUAAAAAAAACAAAACAUUGUGUUACCAAUAAUUUGAAUAUGCAGUUUUGUAAUACUUAGGAAACUUAACAAAAAAUGUUAAUACAAUUAUUUAGCGGUAUGUCGAUAAAUAAAAGUUUUAUAGCCAAAGAAUGAAAAUACAAUAUUUCUGUUUUUCUCGAAAACGGACCUGUUAUUAUACUCUUCACACAGUAGUCGCUCGUCCGUCCAAUGAUACGUUCUUUGUCAGUAC